AUGCCCAAGGACGCUGCUCCCGAAGUUAUGCCCGAGCUCGGCGCCCAGCGCCUCUUCUCGCUCGACGGCAAGAUCGCCCUGGUCACCGGCGGUGGCACGGGCAUCGGCAAGAUGAUCGCCGCCACCUACAUCCGCAACGGCGCCAAGGUGUACAUCGCCAGCCGCAAGCUCGCCGAUCUUGAAAAGGUGGCUACCCAGCUCUCCAAGCUCGCCCCCAGCGAUCCCGAGGGCAAGAAGGGCCUCUGCGUCGCUCUCCAGGCCGACGUCGGCUCCAAGGCCGGCUGCGAUGCGCUCGCCGAGCAGGUCAAGAAGGCCGAGUCGCGCCUCGACAUCCUCGUCAACAACUCUGGCCUCACCUGGGGCGCCCCCAUGGUCGACUUCCCCGAGCAGAAGGGCUGGGACAAGGUGUUUGACCUCAACGUCAAGAGCCAGUUCUAUCUCACCGUCGCCCUCCUCCCCUUGCUCGAGAACGGCAAGAGCAACACCGAGCACGCCACCGUCCUCAACAUCGCCUCCACCGCCGCCAUCGUCCCUCUUGCUGAGGGCGGCCUCUCUGCUCCCGGCAACGGCACCUACUCGUACCAACCCUCGAAGGCGGCGUCGCUCCACCUCACCAAGGUGCUCGCCAACUCGCUCGCCGAAAAGUUCAUCAUGGUCAACGCCAUCUGCCCCGGUGUCUUCCCUUCGCGCAUGACCGCCUACGGCCUCGAGGAGAACCGCGACCUGCUCGAGGGCAUCCAGCCCACCGGCCGUGUCGGCACGCCAGAGGAUAUUGGCGGUGUCGCCAUGUUCUUCGCUUCGCGCGCAGGCGCCCACUGCACCGGCACCGGCAUCGUCGUCGACGGCGGCCAGAGCAUCCAGUUCCAGCCCCGCCUCUAG